UGGGAGGUGUCCUUGUCGGGCCCGCUCUGCACCACUGGUAUUCGUUCCUUAUUCGGCUAGCCCCUGUUCAAAAUACUUCUGGCGCUCUCAAGCGUUUGGCUGUCGAUCAGUGCAUAUUUGCCCCCGCUUUCAUCCCUGUCUUCUUCUCAGGUCUACAAUUCUUGGAUGGAAAUUUCGACAUGGACCAGCUCCGGCGUAAGUUGAAGAGAGACUACAAGGAGACCCUGAUCGCAAAUUGGGCGGUGUGGAUACCGGCCAUGAUGGUCAACUUCCGCUUUGUCCCUCAGCACUACCAGGUCUUGUACAGCAAUGCCGUCGGAUUUUGUUGGAAUAUUUUUUUGAGUGCAAUCAGCCAUAAGUAAGUAAGACUGGAAAAUGCAUCGCACGAAGACAUCCUUAGAUGCUUUACUCUAUUAAUGCAUGUGGUAUCUGGGGAGGACUGAAAAUGUCUAUGAAAUGCAAGAUUUGAUGCAUGUAAAUAAAGCAGGAGAUAACAAUGUACAGGCCUUGGGACUCAGUAAGAAGAAAAUGCAGAAAGACAUAAUGUGCAUAUGGAAGGGUUUAGAGUUAGGAAGAAAGUGUUGAUAGAGCGGGGGAAAGCUUCAUCUCUUACUAGAGUUGCCGUUGCUCUAGUGAAGAGGCUGUAAUAAGACGUACAAUGUCUGAGCAAUAGUAAAAUCUACCAGCAAAAGUCAACUUGUGAAAAGACAUCAUAGCAUGGAGAAGGAUCCCUUCCACAACAUAACGAGUGCACCCGAAAGAAGUUCUCACAUUCCAC